AUGUAAUAUAAUAAUGGCGCCAUUUGUUUAGUUAGCGAAAGUUCUGUAGGUAGCGCUAGUAGACAUCACAACCAUACCAUAACUGCACUGCAUCCCUAACCAUCCCUAACCGAAGUGAAAGUGACAAAGUAGAGUGUUGAAAGACCCCGGUUAUGUUGUACUUGUGUAUUUAAAUAAUAUUUACAAUUUGGAGAAAUGUCAGCCUCCGUAGGAAGAAGAUUCUUAACGCACUUUUGCGGAAAUCACUUAAAGAAGCUGUUGACAAGAACAAAAGUCGUUAGAUUUAUUUCUACUACCAAUCCUAACCUAGAAGACCCUGCGAAAACAAAGAUUCCGGCAAGUGAAAAUAUCUGUGCCGCAGUAUUGAAACAAUUUUCCAACCCACUCAUUGUAGAAACAAUCGAACCUCCUAAAAUAUCGCAACCGAACGAAGUUCUUAUCGAUGUUCAGUAUUGUGCUCUAAAUGCAUCAGACGUUUUGUUAGCAAAAAAUUUAUAUUCAUUUGAACCAUGUUUACCAAUGGUUCUUGGUCAAGAGCUUGUUGGAAAAUUGAUUGAAGUUGGAGAAGAAGCACAAAAAUGUGGGUAUAAAGUUGGAGAUAAGGUCAUUGCUCUCAAUAAAGACAAUAAUGGAGGUUUAAGCAAUCGUUGUGUAGCAGAAGUUAGCGAUAUUUGGAGAGUGCCAUCUGGGAUGAAAUCCUUGGAUGCGGCAUGCCUACUUAACGAUUAUAUUAAUGCUUUAGUUGCAUUAGAAAGGAAAGUUAGUAUUCAGGAGGAUGAUAUGAUUUUAAUUAAUGUUGGUAUGAGUAGCGUUGGUUUAGCAGCAGUCGAUCUGGCAACAAAUGUAUUCAUGGCUCAGGUAAUAGCCGUUUGUGCUACUGAAGAUGGAGCGGAUCUCGCCAGAGAAAAAGGCGUCCUCGCAUCUUUCAAAUUUAAAGAUCGCAAAUUAUUAAAACAAAUAAAAGAAGUAGCCGCGGAUAAAGAUAUCAAAGUUAUUUUCGAUGAUGCAGAUGGUGAAUAUAUUAAAAAAGUCCUAGAUUGCUUUACCGGCAUCUACAAAAGCGGCUCGACGAUAAAAGAUUUAUUGUGCGAUAACAGUUUCGCGGUAGUCGUACAUCACCUUUCUCGCGAAGGAAGGCUAAUAAUUGCCGGAACAGCAGCAACCAUGACGAAAACCGAUUCCGAUAACUUCAGUGUUACCGGAUUUAGUUUGCGCGAGUAUAGAAAACAGAAGCCUGAAGAAUAUCGUCAAGCUGGAGAGGAUGUGUUUCAAUUUUUUGACGAGGGUCUUAUUAAACCAACUCUUGAGUUAACUGUUGGCCUGAAUAAUGUAAACGACGCAUUGCAAUCUAUCGUAGACAGCAAAUGUACAGGAAAAGUUAUCGUUGAUAUAAAAAACAAUGAAGCUGAGCUUAAAAAAUUGAAAGAAUAGUUUAGAAGUAAACUUUCACCAGUAAUCGCUUGCAACUUUACAUACACGCGAAGGUGUUACCAAUAUUUUGUAUGAAGUCACAGCUAGUGAUAAGCCAGAUACACCUAUUAAAAGAUGCUAUGUAUAAAAUUUAAUUAAGCUUUUUAUUAAAUAUAAGAGAUAAGAGAUUUAUAACAAAGCGUAUUCGUGUACUAUAUGUGAACCUUUAAUAAACUAUUUUUUACAUCCUCAUGA